UAUUCCGUCUUUAUUAGCUUAUUGGCUUGGGACUUCUCCAGGUCAUGUCAUGGAAGAAAAAUCGGCAAAGAGACAUGAAUCGACAUGAACAUCCGUUAUUUAUGACGGGGGUUCUCAUCGAUGCUCAGCAAUCUCUUUUAUGGCCCCAGAGAGUUCAAAAUACUUGUCAAACAGUUCUUUAGGAUUUUACCGUUUCUGUGAAAGGCCGUUUAUCAUUAACGUAAAAUUACAGUAUCCCCAUAAAUUAUUUUUUGUGGAAAACUCAUUCACCAAUAUAACAUUUCAAUACUUCGCAGCACCAACGUAGUGUAUUAGAAAAUAAAAUGUCUAUAUUUAUAUUUUUUUAGUCACAGAGAUGGAGGAAGCAAAAUAAAGAAUGUAGCUAAUAUUUUCACGGCGCUUAGUUUCUGGCGCACUCUGAUGACGUCCCAGCCUUUUUUCGGCCUUAACGUCGCAAAAUGGAGCUUUUGGUUUUCUUUCAGGGACACUAUGUCUGUUAGUGCUGCCUGCCUGCUGGUAGAAAAAUAAAAAUCUGAAAAUUCGGCGCCGAUUUGGUUAAAACAAUAAAGUGUCUGGAUCUUAAAUAUACAAAAAAGGACUACAAAAGCAACAUCUUCCAUCAAACCGGACGGAGUACCUUGGCGCCAGCUCACAUACUGCUGUACACAAGAUGGGCUACCUUCCCCGCCCUUUUAUUUAAACGUCAGAAAUACAAAAAAGGAGACAAAAUAUUAAAACGGAUACAGAAAUAAACACACUUCACAGCCAGAGGCAUUCAUAAUCAUAAAAGCUGAAAAUGAAGCUUUUUACCUAUUUUCAUUGUACGUCUUGCCUUUUGAUUCUUUAAAUUUCUAAUAGAAUUUAAAUAAAAAAGGAAUUCUACCUUAAAAGCAUCAAUAGAGGGAGCAGUAUUAGACCAUUUACUUGAUGAAGUAUUUCGCCAACAUAAUUAACAAGUUAAAAUAAAAUCAUAUCCUUUAUCCAAAUCAGGUCUACCAAAAUAUAAAAUAAUAUCCUUUCAAUUUAAUAUUUACCUUUGAAUGUUUAACAAUAACAUUUUGCAAAUCUAUCCAAGACAAUGUUGGCUAUCUUUCGCAGGCGUGUGUGAUUUGACCUCACUCUCAGGAAGUGACGAAGCAUUCCCCGCAGUAUUCGACCUUAUCUCCCGGAAGUGUGGCGUAGCGCGAGCCAGCGUCGAGCUGCCUCUGGAAAAAAAAACGAAAAAAAAAGAAAAAAAAGUCCUCGCGCGGAUCUGGGCCCCCGAACAAUCCGGGGAUUUUGGACCAAGUUUCUCACCGGCCCGGUUUCCUCGGCUCAAGCCGCCGCCGGGGGGAGGGAAUCCGCCACCAGCUCUGAUCCAUUUGAAAUAACAGCCUUCUCUCAAGUAUUCAAGAAUGAUGGAAGAUUCUCAUUUUAACUCCUCGUACUUCUGGUCUCCAGUUCCCGCAGUGCAAGGACAGAUCGAGAACGCCAUGUUCAUCAACAAGAUGAAGGAGCAGCUGGCUCCGGACAAGUCGUCCUCGUUUCCUCACGGAUCCUCGGGACACUACCCGACGGCCGUGCUCACAGUGCCCGGGCCAGCGGUCACCAUGGAGACGGGGUCGGGUGGGAGCGCCGGGCGGGGGACCAAGCAGGAGGGGGGCAGCGGCCCCUCGCUCGGCGGGGCGCACCUCCACCCACCACACACUUCUCAGAACAUCACGGUGGUGCCCGUGCCCUCCACUGGGAUCAUGACGGCAGCGGGAUUGGUGAUCACUACCCCCUCGGGGGCCCUGGUGUCCAGCCCGCCCUCCUCCUCGCAGUCCUUCAUCACGGGGCACCCCACCACGACCAUGAUCGUGUCCGCGCUGCACCCCCAGACCCCCAGCGACAAGCCGAAGACGGAGGAGGUGGCCCAGUCGGGCUCCGCCCAGGUGGCCAUGCAGACGCCCUCCAAGCGCGGGCGGAAGAAGAAAUCGGUGUUGCCGCGGGCGACGGGGGCCGUGGGGGUGGGCGGGCACAGCCUCGCGGCAGGAAGUGAUGCGCUCAUCCUGGCUCACCUGGCGGCCGGAGGACAGCACCACACGGCCGACCCCUACGACCUCUCGAACGACGAGGACGAACACGGGACGAAGGACGGCAACAAGUCCUACAGGUGCCGGAUGUGCGCCGUGACGUUUUUCUCCAAAUCGGACAUGCAGAUCCACGCCAAGUCGCACACAGAAGCCAAGCCCCACAAGUGCCCGCACUGCUCCAAAUCCUUCGCCAACUCCAGCUACCUGGCCCAGCACAUCCGCAUCCACAGUGGGGCCAAGCCCUACACCUGCUCCUACUGCCAGAAAACAUUCAGACAGCUCAGCCACUUACAGCAGCACACACGGAUUCACACUGGCGACCGGCCCUAUAAGUGUGCUCACCCUGGCUGUGAGAAGGCCUUCACCCAGCUUUCCAAUCUGCAGUCUCACCGCCGGCAGCACAACAAGGACAAGCCCUACAAGUGUCACAACUGCCACCGCGCCUACACCGACUCGGCCAGCCUGGAGGUGCACCUGAGCACCCACACCGUCAAGCACGCCAAGGUCUACUCCUGCGGCAUGUGCAACCGCGCCUACACCUCGGAGACCUACUUGAUGAAGCACAUGAGGAAACACAACCCGGACCCCCUGAGCGCGGCCGCCGCCGUGGCCCAGAGCGCCCACUCGCAACAGCAGCAGCAGCAGCAACAACAGCAACAGCAGCAACAGCAGCAGCAGGCAGCUCAGAGCCAGGCCGGGCAAGCAGGGGGCGGCGCGGCCGGGGGAGGGGGGCAGACCCAGAACCAGGGCCCCAACGCCUCCACGCCCUACCACCCGGGGCCCGGCCAGUCCGACGGGGUGCCCUGCCCCUUUGACCUGCACCAGUACAAAACGGUGGCGGCUGGAGAGAUCCAGUACAAGCCCGUCAGUGUCGGCGACCUGCCCACACACAAAGACCUCUGUCUCACGGUCUCCACGUCUGCCAUACAGUUACGUCAGACCUCCAGGUUGUGGGAGGGUGGAAGGAGUGGCGAGGGAGGGGAGGCAGGCAGGCAGGCAGAGCACCAGCCAAACCGAAUGUCAGACUCCACCCUCAGAUCAGACUGGGGAAGAGGGGAGUCAGGAUUGGGCCAGUAUGGACAGCACUAGGAGAGAAGAGAGUUCUGAUUGGUCCGGUAGAGAUGGCAUCGGAAGAGAGGCGAGUUCUGAUUGGUCCAGUAGAAACGGCGUCAGGAAAGAGGAGAGUUCUGAUUGGUCUGGUAGAGACGGCAUCAGGAGACAGGAGAGAGCUGACUGGUCCAGAGGAGACAGCACUAGAAUUCUGGGAGGGGAUUUGUCUGCUAAGAACUAGGAGAGAGGCGAUGCGCUUGGUCCAGUAAUGACUAGGUGAGAGGGGCAUUACGACUGGUCGAAAAGAUAGGACCUGGAGAGAGCUGAGUGGUGAUUGGUCCAUCAAGAGCCGCAACGGCAGAAAGGAGAGUUGUGAUUGGCUGGUACUUGUUUAGUAUAUCACAUUGUAUUCCAUUAUGUCUCUUUAUGCAUAACAACAGUUCUCAAUAUUACUAUUAUUAUUAUGAUGAUGAUGCUCUCAAUACUGUAUAGACUUACAAAUACACACAUAAAGGAAGCUGUGUUUCUUGUUACAAAAUAAAAAUUAAGAAAGUU